UUUCCAUAAGACGUGUGUGGACCCGUGGCUUUUAGAACACAGGACUUGCCCCAUGUGCAAGUGUGACAUUCUCAAAGCUCUGGGAAUUGAGGUGGAUGUUGAGGAUGGAUCAGUGUCUUUACAAGUUCCUGUUUCUAAUGAAGCAUCUAAUACUGCCUCUCCCCACGAAGAGGACAACCGCAGUGAGACUGCUUCAUCUGGAUAUGCUUCAGUACAGGGAGCAGACGAGCCACCUCUGGAGGAGCAUGCGCAAUCAGCAAAUGAAAAUCUACAGCUGGUCAACCAUGAAGCAAAUUCUGUGGCUGUGGAUGUUGUUCCCCAUGUUGACAACCCAACCUUUGAGGAAGAUGAAACUCCUGAUCAAGAGAUGGCUGUUCGAGAAGUUAAAUCCUAAAAUCUGUGUCAAUAGAAAACUUGAACCGUUAGUAACAACAGGACUGCCAAUCAGGACCUAGUUUACUAAGAAUGAACUGAGUAAAUGUAAAACAAGAAUGAUACUGAAUGUGCUGAGAUGACUAAUAUUAUAUUAUAGUUAAAUGGCUUAACAUAUUUAACCCAGUACCAUUUUCCACAAACUCACUGUAACAUUUUUUCAUAGGCAAGUUUCCUCUUGAUGAUAGUGAUAGCAACAUUUUUAAACAUUCAGAACUGUCUACAAGUAGUCAGGGUUUUCAUUCACAAAAACUUUCUAAUAAAAAUAUGUUGCUUUAAAAAUGUGGAGUAGUUGUGAUCACUUUGUUUUCUGAUAGUAUCAUAAUUGAACAAUACUACUACUUUAGCUUGGGCUCUAUGUGUCAGGGUUUGUCUCCAGGUGCUUAUACUGAUCUGGAAUUUGUAAAAAGCAAUGCGAACUUAGGCAUUAAGUUGAUAGUACAAGAUUAAAGCAAAAUACUCAUUUUAACCUUUUCAUUUUAAAAUUAAGCUGUGUAUGUGUUUCAUGUGAGUGUUGAGCAUAGCUUAUCAGAAAAAUGUGAACUGAAUUGGUUGAUCAGUGUAUUAGUGACACCACACAAGAUUGUAGACAUAAAAAGUUUCUUACAAAAAAAAUUGUAAACUAUUUCUCAAACUUGAAGUUUCCAAAAGCACAGGAUAGAAACUACCAUCACAUUUGAAAAUAAUAAUAGCUGAAUAAAUCGUAGAAAAUUGGUUACUGUGCAGAAUCCAUCGACAGAAAAUGUUCUCUAAGAUUUUUUGGUAGAAAAUAUUUUCCAAACAAUAUUGACUUUGAAAAUAGAGUUUAUAUUUGGCCCUGCGGUCUUUAAUUACAUUAAAUUUAAAUUCUGUCCAUAUAUCUAUAAUUUUGUGAAUGCGUUUUGUUGGUGUUUGAAAAAGAAUCACGGGAAGGGGGGAUUCCAGGUGCCUUACUAUAAAGUUUGAAGCUUCAACCACCAAAGUUAAAUAGAGCUAUUGAAAACAUGCACUUUAUUUCUACUUUGUGUGGCUUGUCCAUUAGUUUUCUUCCCAGUGCAAAUUCCCACAGAAUUUAGGCAAAAAAAUAGAACAGACGUGUAUUUUUGUUUGCCGAAUAUAUAAUGGAUGAAACCAUUGCAUUCUUAUACACUGAUUUGAAAAUGGUGUAAAUACGCCCCGAUUUGUACUGAUUCUCUUUAAAUAUAAAAUGUAAAUAAAAUAUUCCAAUGAAAGAU